AUGAUUGAUCAAAUUUCUGCGGUGAAGAACCAAAAUCGGCUCGGUGGAUUUUUCAACAGACUCCAAGCUUUGGAUCAGAAUUUGUUAGAGCAAAGCAUCCACAUCGAUAAUCGCUUGAUAACAUUACGCAUACGUUUUAUGGUCGCAUUGGCUGUAAUCUUUGAGCUCUCGAUUUUCACGUCGACGUACGUGCUUUUGUUGGACUACACCGAGUGGAUUUCGCUAUUCUGGAUUUUUUCGCGAAUUCCUGAGAUUUUCAAUACGUUCGAUAAAAUUUGGUUUUUGGCUUUGUUGGUGGCUUUGAAGCAGCGAUUUACUGCUCUGAAUGAGACAUUUGAAGAGCUAGCGGAGCGGCAUGAAAAAUUCAAAAAUAUUGGUGUUGUUUUAAAUCCCAAAGGAUUUGGAAUUGUAAAUACGACAAGUGUUGAAAAUAAGCUUUUGCAAAGCCUUCACGGCAAUAGCAAUAAAGUCUUUCCAAAGCCCGACAAUAACUUCGGUCAUUUUCAAAAGAGAUUUCAUAGCUAUUUCGCUAACGAAUUGAACGAUUUUGAGCAUACGAAAAUCAAAUUUUCAAAGCUAUGUCAACUUCACGAUGGUAUUUGCAGUCUAGCUCAAGAGUUAAGUGAACUAUGGUGCUAUCCAAUGUUAAUACUUAUGGCCUAUGGUUUCUCAACAUCAACCGCUUUAUUGUAUUUUUAUUACUGUGCAAGCGAAAGCCAGCUAAUACCAACCUUCUUUCGGGUUGCCAAAGAUCCAGUGAUCACAGUGAUUUACUUGAUUUAUAUUGCUGGAAAAUGUGUGUCUAUUAUGUAUCUAAGCUGGAAAACAUCUCUGGAGUCCAAACGCACCGGCAUAUGCCUGCACAGAUGUGCUGUGGUGGUGGACAAAAACGAAAUGUAUGAAAUUGUUAAUCAUUUGUCAUUGAAGCUUUUGAACCAUGCAGUCGACUUUUCUGCCUGUGGUUUUUUUACGCUGAAUAUGCGAACUCUAUACGCAAUAAUCGGUGGUAUAAGCAGUUAUCUGGUAAUACUCAUUCAAUUCAACAUUGCUGGAGAGCAAAUCAAGAAACCCUAUAUAUCACCUGUGCCUAAGGAAUUCUUUGGAUUUGAAAACGUCACCUAUCCAGCCGAUUAAGUGCGA